AUGUCCUCUCCCUCCCCCCAGACCUGGCGGAGCGCGUGGUAUCCGCGUAAACAGAAGCCUGUGGUGCUACAUGUGUUGCCCGUCCUCUGGCACCUGCUGGGCUGCAUCAACUCUAGUGGCACAGCGAGCCACGGUGGCGCCCCGGACCUGCGCCAGGCCACCGUCAUGCUUGUCUCCCCUCUCUACGACCUCAUGGGACAGGGCUUGAUGGAGAAAGCCAGUGCUGAACCCAGCAUGACGCAGCGACAGAUCCAGCUGCUACACACUUUGGUAGAGGGAUAGUCCCACACGACACGGUGAAGUCUGACACGACGCAGCAACAGAUUCAGUUGCUACACACUUUGAUAGAGGGACACACUCAACUGCUACACACUUUGAUAGAGGGACACACUCAGCUGCUACACACUUUGAUAGAGGGACAGGCUCAGCUGCUACACACUUUGAUAGAGGGACACGCUCAACUGCUACACACUUUGAUAGAGGGACACCCUCAACUGCUACACACUUUGAUAACCCUCAGUGCAUAGGGAAUGUUUGGCCAGUGUUGUGUUCGUUUAUCUGUCUUUAAGUUUUGUGUUGUGUUCGUUUAUCUGUCUUUAAGUUUUGUGUUGUGUUCGUUUAUCUGUCUUUAAGUUUUGUGUUGUGUUCGUUUAUCUGUCUUUAAGUUUUGCUGGCUGUCAUUGAGGCCACCUGGAGGUGUGUUGUGUGUUUGUGUGACUUGUGUGUUUGUGUGAUUUGUGUGACUUGUGUGUUUGUGUGACUUGUGUGUU